AGUAAAGAGAGUUCUCGGACUGCUCACUCAUCGUCCUCGCCGGCCGCCGCCGCCUCUGCAACCUCGCCGGGACUCGCCGGCCGCCCCCUCGUUCGAGCCUCACCGGAGGAGAUAAAGGCCGUCGCGGCGACGUUCCGGCGGCGGGCCGGAGCACGGACCGACCCCGGCAGUUUCCGGCCGCGGCCGCGGCGCCGGGACCUUAAAGUUCGCGUUUUUAUACAGUCGUCAGCCGCCGCUUUCGACGUCAGCCGGCCAUGGCUCUCUCAAGCCUCGCCACCCUCUGCUCGUCUCCCCCCGUCUCGGCCGUCCGGGACUCGCCGACCGUCUCCAACCUCAAUGGGCUCUCCCCCGUCGCGGACGACGCGGCCGCCCCGACCGCCUUCCUCAGGAGCGGCGGCGGCGGGGGGGACCUGAAGGAGAUCAAGCAGUUGCACUGCUGCGUCGCCAAGAAAGGCCCGACCCACAAUAACGAGCUUAUCGCCAAGUGCGCCGAAGUGGGCACGCCCGAGAGCCUGGACUACGCGCUCAAGGUGUUUGAAGGGUGGAAGGAGGACGAGUGCGUCGCCGGGUCGUUGUUCGUGUGCAAUUCUUUGAUCAGAGCUUGCUCUUUCGCCGGGCUGGGGGAGAGGGCCAUCUUGGUGUUCGUUCGGAUGUUGGAGAUGGGCGUGAUGCCGGACAAAUACACUUUCCCGUUCCUGUUGAGCGCUUGCACGAAGGUUUCGUGGUUUCGCGAGGGGGUCCAAGUUCACGGGGCGAUAGUGAAGAUGGGAUUCGCGGGGGAUAUGUUUGUGGCGAACACUUUGAUUCAUUUUCACUUUGAAUGCGGAGAUGUUGUCGAUGGCCGCAGGUUGUUUGAUAAAAUGCCUGAGAGGAAUGUCGUUUCCUGGACCAGUCUGAUUUGUGGUUACUCCCGGAGGGACUGUCCGAAGGAGGCGGUUUCGUUGUUCUUUGAUAUGGUGGAGGCAGGUGCGGUGCCCAACUCGGUUACGAUGGUGUGCGUGAUUGCUGCGUGUGCCAAGUUGCAGGAUCUUAAAUUAGGCGAGCGGGUUCAUUCUUAUAUCGGCAAUUUAGAUAUUGAGCCUAAUGGUCAUAUGGUGAGUGCUCUUGUUGACAUGUACAUGAAAUGUGGAGCUUUUGUUACUGCAAAGCGGAUUUUUGACUGUUGUGUUGAGAGGAAUUUGGUCUUGUAUAACACAAUCAUGUCGCACUAUGUCAAAAGAGGAAUGGCAAGGGAAGCAUUAGCUGUCCUGGAUGAAAUGCUGGAACAGGGACCUCAACCAGAUAGGGUAACAAUGUUGUCCGCAAUCUCAGCAAGUGCCGCUUUAAAUGAACUCUUCUUUGGGAAGGCUUGCCAUGGUUACAUUUUGAGAAAUGGAUUACAAGAAAAAGACGAUAACAUUAACAAUGCAAUGAUCGACAUGUACAUGAAAUGUGGCGAAUCAGGACUAGCCUGCACGAUUUUCAAUUCUAUGUCAAAUAAAACUGUUGUGUCGUGGAAUUCACUACUUGCAGGUUAUGUUAAAAUCGGUGAUGUGAGAUCAACUAGGGAGAUCUUUGAUGAGAUGCCUGAAAGAGAUCUGGUAUCUUGGAACAUCAUGAUUGGUGGUUUAGUUCAGGAGAGUUUAUUUGAGGAAGCAAUUGAGUUUUUCCGGAUGAUGCAGAGGGAGGGAAUAAAAGCAGAUAAAGUGACAAUAGUCAGUGUUGCAUCUGCCUGUGGAAAUUUAGGUUCUCUAGGUCUUGCAAAGUGGAUUUAUCAUUACACAGAAGAAAAUGUUAUUGAACGUGAUAUGCUCCUUGACACAGCCUUUGUAGACAUGUUUGGUCGGUGCGGUGAUCCAAAGAUGGCAGUGCAAAUAUUUGAGAAGAUGGAGAAAAGGGAUGUGUCAUCUUGGACUGCAAUAAUCUGUGCGAUGGCCACGGAAGGAAACGGCAAACAAGCACUAGAGCUGUUCAAGGAGAUGCUUACUCAAGGAGUUGAACCCGAUGACGUGACAUUUGUCGGACUCCUUACAGCAUGCAGCCACAGCGGAUUAGUUGAACAAGGCCGCCGACUUUUCCAGUCCAUGGAGGAGGUAUAUGGUAUUUCACCUAAGGUGGUUCAUUAUGGAUGCGUGGUUGAUUUGCUUGGCCGAGCUGGACUGUUGGAGGAAGCACUAGACUUCAUAAAGAGCAUGCCAAUUGAACCCAAUGACAUUAUCUGGGGUUCACUUCUAUCAUCAUGCCGGACUCACAAGAAUGUGGAGAUUGCGGCUUAUGCUGCCAACAGAAUUCCUGAAUUAACAUCAGAUAGGACUGGGAUCCCAGUGGUUUUGUCAAACAUAUAUGCGUCCGAGGGAAAAUGGUCAGAAGUAGCAAAAGUGAGGCUAAAAAUGAAAGAGAGAGGGAUGCACAAGGUUCCGGGGUCGAGCUCCACAGAGGUAAAUGGAGUAGUUCAUCAGUUUUCCUCAGGAGAUGAAUCUCACCCGGAAAUGAGCCGCAUUGCCCAGAUGCUGGAUGAAAUAAACUGCAAACUAUGGGAUGCAGGUCAUGUUCCCGAUCUGAGAAAUGUUCUGCUUGAUGUGGAUGACCAUGAGAAGAAGUUUUUGCUGAGUCGACACAGCGAGAAGCUGGCCAUAGCUUACACACUUAUUAGCACAGGUCAGAAGAUGCCAGUCCGGGUUGUGAAGAAUCUGAGAACAUGCUCUGAUUGCCACACAUAUGCUAAACUAGUGUCAAAAGUAUAUGAUCGGGAAAUCAGCAUAAGAGAUAAUAACCGGUUUCACUUUUUCAAAGAAGGGUUUUGUUCCUGCGGUGAUUUUUGGUAGGCCAAAAAAUGAAAGAUACGAUUUUUCAACCACCAUGGCAUUCUUAGAGAAUUUGGUCUGGAUAAUCGAGUCAGCAGGAAUCCACCAAAUGAAUUACCAUAGGAAGUGAAAUGGAUUGCACUUUCCAUGAUGAUUUUUGGGAAAUCUCAAUGCAAGACAUGGAGCACUGAGAAUUCCAGCUCUAUCAACGUGAUUUGGGAUGAGUGGGGUGCCGUAGGACAGUUGGACUACCCGAGUAAGCCGAAGAAGGGCUACAGUUUUGCGAAGAUUUAUUCUAAUUGUGAAGGGUUUUGAUCCCUCAACACCCUUUUCUACAGCUUGUUAAAUUAAAUGUGACAUAAAUAAGGCAGCUUUUAGAUGUGAUGAUUUAAAUGAAAUGCGAAUAGCCAUUGCGAAGAAAUUGGUAUCACUAAUCUGCGUUUUCUGUUA